AUGGUUGGGUUCAAGAGGUGCAUCAUCUGUAGAAGAAAGGGCCACUAUGUUAGAGAUUGUCCUACGGUCAGAAGGACAGAUCCACAGACACAUCAGGCUGAGAGAUUUCAGUCGAGAGGCGGUGCUAGACCUCAGGUGUCAGGUUGUGUUUAUGCUUCCACUAGGUCGGAGGCAGCUAGUUCAGGUAACCUCAUUAUUGGUUGUUGUUUGUUAUUUGGAAAACCUUGUUGUGUGUUGCUUGACUCGAGGGAAACACAUUCUUUUAUACCAGAGGCUUGUGUUGAAAAGAUGGGGUUGUCAAUAGGAGAACUACAGUUUGAUCUGGUGGUAUCUACACCAGCUUCUGGUUUGGUCAGGAUAUCUACGGUGUGUGAUAAAUGUCCAGUAGUGGUGGAAGGGCACUGCGGUGAGAAGAAGUUGUUGUUUCAUGAGGAAGAAGUAUCAGUAUUGUUGUCUUCGGGUCAGGUGUGGCAAGAGUUGAAUGGAGUUUCUUGUUGUUUUCUGGUUUUGACACACAUGGAAGUGGAACAGUGUGGCCAGAGUUUGGAUCACUCUCUUGUGAGUGAUUUUCUCGAUGUGUAUCCUAAGGAAGUGCCAUGGUUGCCUCCUUAG